CCCACAACAAAACUUGCGUCGCGGAGCUCACAGCUCGACUUGAAUGGAAGAAGCCCGAGCCCGCCGAGCGCAGCCGACACUCGGGGGAGAGCGUUCGGCCGGCGGGGCGCGGCGCGGCGCCGGGGCGCAGCAGGCACCAUGGCCUGGGCGUGGCUGCUCCUGCUGCUGUUGCCACCACAGCUGCACCGAGGACCUGUGCUUGCAGUGAGGGCCCCACUGUUUGGCCGAAGUGGUGGCCAUAGCCUGAGCCCAGAAGAGAAUGAAUUUUUGGAGGAGGAGGCGGUGCUUGUCCUGAGCCCUGAGGAGCCAGUGCCUGGCCCAGCCACAAUUGACUGCCCCCGAGAGUGUGCCUGUUCUCAGGAGGGUGUCGUGGACUGUGGUGGCAUCGACCUGCGUGAGUUCCCAGGGGACCUGCCUGAGCACACCAACCACCUGUCUCUGCAGAACAACCAGCUGGAGAAGAUUUACCCCCAGGAGCUCUCACGGCUGCACCAGCUGGAGACACUGAACCUCCAGAACAACCGCCUGACUUCCCGGGGGCUCCCAGAGGAGGCGUUUAAGCAUCUGACCAACCUCAAUUACCUGUACCUGGCCAACAAUAAGCUGACCUUGGCACCCCGAUUCCUGCCAAACGCCCUGAUCAGCGUGGACUUUGCUGCCAACUAUCUCACCAAGAUCUACGGGCUCACCUUCGGCCAGAAGCCAAACUUGAGGUCUGUGUACCUGCAUAACAAUAAGCUGGCCGAUGCCGGGCUGCCAGACAACAUGUUCAACGGCUCCAGCAAUGUUGAGAUCCUUAUCCUGUCCAGCAACUUCCUGCGCCACGUGCCCAAGCACCUGCCGCCUGCCCUGUACAAGCUGCACCUCAAGAACAACAAGCUGGAGAAGAUUCCCCCAGGGGCCUUCAGUGAGCUGAGCAACCUGCGGGAGCUGUACCUGCAGAAUAACUACCUGACCGAUGAGGGCCUGGACAAUGAGACCUUCUGGAAGCUCUCCAGCCUGGAGUACCUGGAUCUGUCCAGCAACAACCUGUCGCGGGUGCCGGCGGGGCUGCCGCGCAGCCUGGUGCUGCUGCACCUGGAGAAGAACGUCAUCCAGAGCGUGGACGCCGACGUGCUGACGCCCAUCCGCAGCCUGGAGUACCUGCUGCUGCACAGCAACCGGCUGCGCGCGCACGGCAUCCACCCGCGGGCCUUCCAGGGCCUGAAGCGGCUGCACACGGUGCACCUGUACAACAACGCGCUGGAGCGCGUGCCCAGCGGCCUGCCGCGCCGCGUGCGCACCCUCAUGAUCCUGCACAACCAGAUCGCCGGCAUCGGCCGCGACGACUUCGCCACCACCUACUUUCUGGAGGAGCUCAACCUCAGUUACAACCGCAUCACCAGCCAGCAGGUGCACCGCGAUGCCUUCCGCAAGCUGCGCCUGCUGCGUUCGCUGGACCUUUCCGGCAACCGGCUGCACACGCUGCCGCCCGGGCUGCCCCGCAACGUGCACGUGCUGAAGGUCAAGCGCAAUGAGCUGGCUGCCCUGGCGCGAGGGGCGCUGGCGGGCAUGGCCCAGCUGCGGGAGCUCUACCUCACCGGCAACAAACUGCGCAGCCGGGCCCUCGGCCCCCGAGCCUGGGUAGACCUCGCCGGCCUGCAGCUGCUGGAUAUUGCUGGGAACCAGCUCACAGAGAUCCCUGAAGGGCUCCCCAAGUCGCUGGAGUACCUGUAUUUGCAGAACAACAAGAUUAGCACCGUGCCUGCCAACGCCUUUGACUCCACACCCAACCUCAAGGGGAUCUUUCUCAGGUUUAACAAGCUGGCUGUGGGCUCUGUGGUGGAGAGCGCCUUCCGGAGGCUGAAGCAUUUGCAGGUCUUGGACAUUGAAGGCAACUUCGAGUUCGGUGAGGUUUCCAAGGACCGGGGCCGCUUGGAGGAGGAGGAAGAAGAGGAUGAGGAGGAUGAGGAGGAGGAGGAAGAGGAAAUGCGAUAGGGACAGGGCGACACAGAUCUGACCUAGGACAGCGGACCGCUGGACUCCUUUCUGCAGCACUCGCCUGUGCCCUGUGAACCUCCUCCUGCCACACUCACACGGACACUCCCAGCGCUGCACCCCAGGGGCAUCCCACACAACACAGCUUGAACAUGCUCCCACGGCCAGCCAUGUGCAGACAGCACGUCACACCCAUACACACCCGCUCGGCCACACACACAGCUGGUUGCACACUCCCCUCCACCGCCACGCCUUCUGAGUUAACAGGAGGUCUGACUCUGCCCUGCACACACAGGUGCCUGCUCCCUGCCCACUGACACUUGUACUCGUGUGCCCGUGUGUUGCACACAUACACAGACAUGUGCAAACAGCCCUCCACAGCCUAUGCCACCAACAGCUCUGCCAGAGCAGCUCGCCAUCUGCCUGGUGCAUCUGUCCGUCCGUCCCCUGGAGAAGACACAGGGUUAUCUCCAUGCCCUGGCCAGGUGCCUGCUGUCCUCUGGAACUCACAAAAGCUGGCUUUUGUUCCUUUGCCUCUCAAAGGGGGCAGGAACCUUCAAGACUGCUGCCCUGGCUCUGCCACUCUGUCACCCCAGGUAGGUGCUGGGGCAGCCACUCUGCUGAGAGCCUCUCCCUGCCAUGCCUUGGUAGGCCCCAGGUACUUUGCUGAUGGGCAGGAGUGAGGAAGAGGCAGUGGGGCCGAGCCAGGCAGGAAAGACCCAGCCACACCUAUGAGACACUGUCUUUAUUCUUUAGGCCUGUGGAAGUUCUCGGUGCCUUUGGUUUUUUAUUCUUUUUCAAGGAAAAAAAUGAUAAAAAUCUUGAAACUGAUUUUUCUUGUUAUAGAAAAACUAAUAUAAAAGCAUUAGCCUGUC